GAAAAAUAAAUUGUGCGGUAAUGAGGCUCUCCAACAACAUAUGCGGUUAUGCGGGCUUAAUAAACCGAUUUUACCAGUUAUGCCGGAGGAGGGAGAAGUGCUCAAGUUUAAGGGAGGGGGCAACAUGCAGCGUCAUCCAUUUGUGAUAUACGCUGAUUUUGAAGCCCUACUCAAAAAACAGACGGAGCGGGUGGGGGCGAGCACUGACGGGAUACACGCACAUCAUCCGAUGAGCUACGGGUACUUUGUCAAGGCGGCGGUAGACGUACCCGUAGCGCUGAUGGAAAAAUACGACAUACCACAAACGCCGGUCGUAUACCGCGGCUCGGAAUCGCGUUACGAGGUGGCUAAACACUUUAUCGCCAGUGUGACUGCGCUCACUAUCAGGUUGGGGAACCUGCUGAAGGCGACUAAUGUGUCGAUUUCGAUGGGUGUGGAGGAGUUACGUGCUCAUAACGCGAAGAGUGUGUGCGAUAUGUUCGAUAACGGUGAUCCCCAACACCGAGGAGAACUACAUCUCGUUCUCGAAGCGCGUCAUGCCCGACUUCAGUGUAAGGUUCUUGGACUCGUGUCGGUUCAUGGCUUCGAGCCUGGCCGAGUUGGCCGGGAACCUCCUCACGAGACCCGGCGACUUUGA